CCGCCUUCCAUCAUCCCCGUCCUCGCGCUCGCCGCCCGUUCUCCCGUCAAUCGCUUGACCCGUAUAUCUGCUCGGUCGCGGGCCGACCGUGUGCGGUACGCGCUGUUCAUGGAGCUUGAUGAGAUUGGUGGGAGCUCUUUGAUUAGGCAUGGCCGUCUUCGGGGUCUUGAGGUCAGAUGCUUGGCUGAUUGCUUUCGGGAUUGUGAUGUUUCUUUCCGUGGGAUUUGCUGAGCCGGAGAGCUUUCAUGUGAGGAGACUUAGAUUGCAACGUGCUACAUGUGGUGGCCCCCCGUCACAAGUCAACCAUGUAUGCAGAUGGUCAGGUCUUGAAUGCCCCUGUGUGAAUGGCACCUACUGCAGUACCACGUCGCAUACCUGCGAAGUCUGCCAAACUACCACAGCUGACUGCACCUCUCCCUGCCAGUACCCGUGCCACAACGGUGGCCACUGCGUCUGGGAGACGGGCAGCUGCGAGUGUCCGCCGGAGUUCUGGGGAGUGGACUGCAGCUCAAGGAGGAAAACGCCGGUACCUGGCUCUCCGGAAGUAACCACAACCAAUUCUCCUGUCCCGGACCCCGAUCCCGAUGUUCCCCCGAGCCCUUGCAGAGGACGCCAGUGCCUGAAUGGUGGACGGUGCGAGGAUGGGCAGUGUAUCUGCCAGACUGGCUACGACCUUCCGGAUUGCAGUCUAUGCGUGCCUCGAUGGCAUGCCCGGAAGUGCCUGGACCAUUGCAGCUUGGAGUGUAAAAACGGAGAUUGUCUGACUGUGCAUAAGAGAUGCCACUGCUCUGUGGAUUAUACUGGCGAGGAUUGUAACCUGUGUGUUCCUGCCAAGGCCUACAUGAACUGCACCAACUUGUGCUCUCCGAUGUGCGUCAACGGCGCCACGUGCAACGCCGCCACGCACAAGUGCGAGUGUGCGAGGGGCUGGAUGGGCGAGGCGUGCAGCCAGGCGUGUCCGUGGGGGACGUAUGGACUGAACUGCCUACAGCGAUGCCAGUGCCCUAUAGGCUCCUGCGAUCCGAUAACAGGACGCUGCCUCUGUGGUGCCGAAUCACAGGGCAGCCCAGAUUGCACGGCCCCGUGCGACUGCCUAGUUGAUGGUGUGUGCUACUCACCAGCAGACUGUCCAACAGGGAAUAUUCCAAACAGGCUUCCUCCCACGGCUCAGACCGUUUUCCCGAACACAACUGCCAAACAUCUGCAGGGAUCGAAACUGACCCCGUCUGGCCAAGGGAAGCCCAUGAUGACCUUAGUGGUUGCCACGGCAGCCGGGGCUGCCUUUCUCCUUAUCGUCGUGGUAAUACUGAUCGUGUGCCUGGUGAGAACGAGGCGAGAGAAUGCAAGGAAGCCGGGCCGAAAUCAGGAAGCGGCUGAGAGAGUACCUAUGACAGAUGCGGUCGCAGGUAAUCCUUACGAUGAUGCAAGCAGUCUACCAGUCCCCCCAGCUCAGCACUCAUCUGCUCCUUUUAGGCCCACAAGUGGGUACGAAGACGUAAAAGAACUUCACCAAAAUAUGCCAGAUUUACUCCAAAAGCAUGCUGAAGCAAAUGACAUCUCACCCUAUGCCACCACUGGUAAUGUCACUGUCCAUGCCGAGAAUGGACCAUCGGAAUAUUCGUAUGUCAGUGUCGACGAACUGAAAGUACUGAAAGGCGAGGGGGAGGCUGCAGUAGAAGAAUCCUAUGACAGGCUUGAUUUCUUGCCCCGCGAGAGGUCCAUCCGUAGACCGGUUGACGCAGAUGGGGUAUACAGCUCUCUCCAGGAUGAUGGAAGCUACGAGGACGCUAGUAGCUAUCCCCUCACUGGCCCUCCGGUUGGGGACCACCAAGGCACAAACAGUGAGUCCUCUGGUUACGCCAGGAUGAGCCCAUCUCCACUCGGCAAUCGCAAGGCAUCUUCACUCAAGAGCCCGCGAAAGGAACUCCUCCUGUCCGAAACCCAGCGCAAGGGCGCUUCCUUGAAACUUCCAAGGAAGGAAUCCGCGGGCGACAAGCAGGCGUACGAAAAUGCGUAUGUGGGAUUUGAUCCAAAGAGGUCGUCCAAAGAUGCAAGCGGGAGUCCCAGGAUGAAUGUCCCUCCUCCUCCUCCGCCAGAUCAAGGUUCUCAUCAGCAGAAGCCGGAGACGGAUGCCUCGUCGGGUAAGAAAGCAAAGAGUGAGAUCCCGCAGUAUGCCAAACCCAUGAAACGCAAGAGCCAACAGCAGGCAGACCAGCAGGAGAUUCCACACUACGCCAAACCCAACAAGCCAAAGAGCGAAAUCCCCCAGUAUGCCAAACCAAACAAGCGCUCCUCCUCUGGAGCCAGUAAGAGCAGUCCUGCUGAUUUUCAAGUCCGAUUAGAGCGCCCUCUGGAGGGAAAUGAGGUACCGAGCAAGGUGGCAGCAGGCUACGCCCAUUUGAUGCACGCAGAAAGCCCUGAACCAGAUAACAGCAAAUGGGAUUAACCUCCUCAACCUUGAGAAAUUGUGGCAAUUUUAAGACAUGUUCCCAUUCAUCCAGAUGAAACAUAUCUCACAUCUCUGCACAUCUUAAGAUAUCUUAAGAUGAAUAAGAUGCAAGAUAUCAAUGUUGAAAGAAGUUAUUCAAGGUAAGUUUUUUCAGAUAUGCCACUAUGAAAAAACGUCUAAGGGAAAAACAUUCCCCUAGAAACAUCCUGCCCAUUUAAAAGAGGGAGAAACAAUUGUUGACCCCUCCUCCCCCCCCC